AUGGAGCUAACAGAGAAGUUUUUCCCACAAGCUCUACGAGACUAUAAGGAGGCAGAAUUCUUAAGACUGGUACAGGGAGAUAUGGAAAUUUCAGAGUAUGAGAGCAAGUUCAAGGAAUUGUCCCAAUAUGCCCCACAUCUUGUAAGUACUGAGCUAAUGAAGGCAAAACAUUACAAGAGGGGCCUGCGCCCAGAGAUCAAGCAGAUUGUGAGUUCACACGAUCUCACCACUUUUCAGGCAGUUGUGAAGAAAGCUCAAAUAGUAACCUAUUCGGGUGUGAAGUUGAUAAAUCAGGGACAGCGUAAUGACUUUGGAAAAAGGAAGUGGCAGGAUAAGAAUAAGAAUUCUGGACAGUUUAAGAAGCAAACAAUUGUGGGCCAGUCAAGUAAUCCUCCAUCCCAAUGCCCUAAAUGUAACAAGUUUCACAGAGGGGAAUGUCUGUAUGGAAAGUAUGUUUGCUAUAAGUGUGGCCAACCUGACCAUGUGGUUUCCUCAUGUCCAUCGAUUAAGAAACUUGAACAAGAGAAAAAAGGAAAAGCAAGGGUGGUUUCUCUGACUCAUGAUGAGGCUGCCCAAAAUCCAGACGUAAUCGCAGGUAUUUUAUCCAUCUCUGGAACUCUAGUUUAUGUCCUUAUUGAUUCCAGUACGACACAUUCGUUCAUAUCCAAUGCAUGUUUAGCUAAGAUUAAUGCUUCAUGUAAGAAGAAUGAUAAUGUACUAGAGGUUAGUAUGCUAUCAGGAGGAACUAUUGAUACAGAUAGGAUAGCAACAGGAGUACAAAUAAAUUUUGAUGGACUGAUGUUAGAGGCUAACUUAUCGGGAAAAGAGGAAUUCAGAUUUUAUGGACUGAAGGUUAAGGCACUUCCUCGCGUCAUCUCAGCUUUGAAGGCAAAAAGCAUGUUGAGGAAACCUAAUUGCCAGGGGUAUCUUGUCAGUCUUAUCGCCACCUCAUCUCAAGAUAAAACAUUGGAUAAUGUGCCAAUAGUACAAGAGUAUAGUGACGUGUUUCCCGAUGAUCUACCGGGUAUUCCGCCCGAUAGACAAGUAGAAUUCACGAUAGAUUUGAUACCUGAAGCUACUCCUGUGUCCAAAGCUCCAUAUCGAAUGGCACCAAAGGAAUUACAAGAGUUAAAGAUGCAGCUAGAAGAAUUUCUAGACAAAGGGUUUAUUAGACCGAGUAUAUCUCCUUGGGGAGCUCCGGUACUCUUUGUAAAGAAGAAAGAUGGUACUAUGAGGCUGUGCAUCGACUACCGUGAAUUGAAUAAGUUGACGAUCAAAAAUAAGUAUCAUCUUCCUAGGAUUGAAGACCUAUUUGAUCAGUUGAAGGGCGCAUCCGUAUUCUCAAAAAUUGAUUUAAGGUCGGGCUACCAUCAACUGAAGAUUAAGUCGGUCGAUAUACUAAAAACGGCAUUUAGGACUCGGUAUGGGCAUUAUGAGUUUACGGUGAUGUCCUUUGGCUUGAUGAAUGCCCCUGCGAUAUUUAUGGACUUGAUGAAUAGAGUGUUCCAUCAGUAUUUGGACAUGUUCGUCAUCGUAUUUAUUGACGACAUACUGAUAUAUUCGAGAGAUUCCCUGCAACACGAAAAACAUUUGAGGAUAGUUUUGGGAACCCUGCGUCAGGAAAAGUUGUAUGUCAAAUUCAAGAAAUGUGAAUUUUGGCUUGACCGAGUGGGAUUUCUAGGCCAUACUAUUUCAGCACGAGGAAUUGAAGUGGAUCAAUCCAAAGUUGAGGCCAUAACAAAUUGGUUGAAACCUACAAAUGUUGGAGAAGUGCGGAUCUUUCUAGGGUCCUAUGACACAGUUGACUCAGAAGGUACUAAGUUCGUAUGGUCAGAGAAAUGCGAACAAAGUUUUCAAGAGUUAAAAGAAUGGCUCGUAUCUGCGUCGAUUUUGACUAUUCCCGAUGGUUCAGAAGGUUUUGUGAUUUACAGUGAUGCAUCUAAGCUUGGUUUAGGAUGUGUUUUGAUGCAACAUGGAAAAGUGAUAGCUUAUACUUCGAGGCAGUUGAAGCAAUACGAACAGAAUUAUCCCACGCAUGACCUUGAACUAGCAGCAGCUAAUGUAGUUGCUGAUGCACUGAGUAGAAAGAAUAUGGGACAGUUGUCAACAAUGUGUACAAGACAGGAUCAUUUAAUAAGAGAUUUUGAAAACUUGAGAAUUGAAGUAUUAACAUCACCAGUAAGGACAUCAGCAAAGUUAGCAAGUUUUACUAUGAAAUUGACACUCAGGGACAGAAUAGUAGCUGCUCAGAAAGAUGAUCCCUUUUUGGAAAAGAUCAGGGCUGAUAUAGGAACUGAGAAGAGGAAGGGAUUUGAAAUAGCCGAAGACAAAGCCUUGAUGUAUAAGGGUCGAUUGUGCGUGCUAAAGGAUGAAGCAUUGAGAAUGAAAUUAUGA